AUGAUACAAACUCAACAACAGAACCAACCUCCCACACUCAUGGAAGUGAUUCUCAUUGAUGUGACUUCCCCUUCCACACCCACCACCUCCGCAGCUCCAUCAUUUUCAACAAACACAACUAUGACAACAACAACAAAUUAUUCCACAAGUUGCUCUCAACAAGCCAAUACAUUUGUUCAAAAUAAUCGACAUUACAACACCGUGUCAUAUCGAUCGAGUGGUAAAACUUCAUGGAAUGGAGUUGUGGUCGACCACACAACCAACAACAACAACAACUCACGAAAAAGUCUUCGAAGUCAAUAUUUCAAACAUUGUCGCACGGAUAGUGAACACAAAAGAGAACAAGAACAGAAUCCACAAGCAUCCGAAGGAUUUGUUGCUUUGAAAACAUCAAACAAGAGUCACAAAUCACUCUCACGAAUUGAAGCCAUGCUCAUUUCUCAAUCGCAAUAUAAUGAUGAUGAUGAAGCACCAACGCCAGAGAAGCCACGAUCAUAUAGUUUCUUUUCGAAAAUUGUUUCCAAAUUAACGACUGGAAAUUCCAAGAAGAAACGAGACAAUCACUUUUAA